CUGGCCUGAACUUUCCACUUAAUUGUGUCUAGUUUACCUGCUCACUUUUUUUGCCACUAUGGUCCACCGUUGCUGUGUCGUGGGGUGCAAUAGCUCAAGCCAUGAAAGGAAAGGGGGAAAGAUAGAAAAUGGGCUGUCUUUCUAUUCCUUUCCUUCUUGGAGGCAACACCAUGGAGACCAAGUGUCAGACAUAACAAAGCGUCGUCGGCUAGCAUGGGUCGCUGCUGUUAGACGACCUAAGAUAACUUUCCACUCGAUCCCGACGUCGAUGAGAGUGUGCUCUCUGCAUUUUCAUUCUGGUAAACCAGCAAAUGAAAUGUACACCUCCCAUUCGGAUUGGGCACCAUCACUGCACUUGGGGCACACAAACGAGAAAGUCUCACGGUACGACAGACCGAAAGCAAGAAAACAGCGAAGGACUGAGAGCAUGGCAGCAAUGGAUGAGACAGCUCUUGUUAUACCAGAUGAGGCAGCAGAUGUCAUCCAAGACGUGGAAGCCAGACCGGAAUGGGCAGCCUUCAGCCAAUAUUGUGCUUCUGACGCCCAAAUAAGAUUCUACACGAAAUUUCCAUCCGGAAGAGUUUUCAAAGUCUUCUGGGAGCAUGUUGCGCCGUCCGCUUCUCGGCUGGUCUAUUGGUGCAAGGCAAGGAGGAUUGGAGCAGAAGCCUUCGCAGCUGUGGGACCCAACCCCUCUCACGGGAUGCCAUUACUUAGUGAAUUUCUCAUCUACUCCAUGCGAGUAGCUGUUGGCAUGAAAGAGCAGGUCAUCGCUGACAUGUUCCAGACGAGCGCAGCCACGGUUAACCAAUUGACCACAACUUGGGCUCAUUACCUCUUCUUUGUUUUGGGCACACCCUCCCUUUGGGUGUCCAGGGACAAAAUAAGGUCAGUUGCACCAGAUGAAGUCAAGAAGCACUGUCCAAAUCUCCGUGUGAUACUCCACUCCGCUGAGAUCGCCGUGGCUGCACCCACCUCCACCGCACACGCCUUGCAAUCUCACACGGUUUCCCCCGAUAAAAACAGAACAACGUUGAAGGCAAUCGUUGGCUUCACCCCCCACGGCUCUGUGUCCUUCCUCUCCAAGCUGUGUGCUGGAAGCCUGUCUGACAAGGAAGUUACACGGUGCAGUGGAAUUCUUCAGUUGUUGGAACCGGGUGAUGAAGUGAUGGCUGACAAAGGCUUUGCCAUUCAUCACCUACUCUCUGAUGUUGAGGCAAAACUUAUCAUUCCACCCUCCAAGCAUUCUGCCCGAUUUACUCAACAGGAGACACAGGCCAUUACCCAGCUCAGAAUGGUUGCCCGGAGGGCAAUGGCCAGGAUUAAAUCCAACCACAUCUGGGACUCCCCUAUACCGCUGACUUUGGUCCUCUCAGUCAGUCAGAUCUGGUGCAAUUGCUGUCUUAUGUCUAACUUUCAAGGACCCUUAUCCUGCUGAGAGUACUUGCUAUACUAAAUAUUAAAUAUUGUGUUUAUUGCACUGUGUAAUAAUGUGUA